AGAGAGAGGGAGGGAGAGCAGCACGAGAGCGGAGAGACAGAGGGAGAGAGAGAGAAAGAAAGGGAGCGAGAAAAGAGAGAGGGGAGAAUGUAUGGUGAAAGGCAAACACGUCCUCGUUCAUUUUCAAGGCCUUUGUGAAUAAACCAUGGGAUGUAUCGGCUCGCGAACACUCACGGCAGAUGGGGUUCCAGUACAGAAGGAUGGGGAACAGCAUGGCCGAACAGACUUUUCAUGGGAUGGAAUCAAUCUCUCAAUGGAGGACACGACUUCCAUCUUGCCUCGGCUAAAGAAGCGGAAUUCCAACGCCUACAGCAUUGGCGCUCUGGCUAAGUCCUCUCUGUCAGGUGUGUCAGGAGUGACACGGUCUAUGAAGGAUAAGGUUACAAAGCCGACAGCAAUGGCCCAGGGGCGGGUGGCCCACAUGAUCGAGUGGCAGAACUGGGGCAUGCAGACAGUGGGAGCUGGGGGCUCCAGCGGCGGCCGAACUUCCACCCUCCACCUCCAGCAGGAACGCAAGCUGGAGAAUGAUGCCUACAGCGACCUUAGUGAUGGAGAGAAGGAGGCACGCUUCGCUGCAGGAGUUCUGCAGCAGUUUGCAAUCUCUGAGGCCACUCUGCUGGCCUGGACCUCCAUGGAUGGAGAGAGUAUGAGCGCAGGCUCCAAUCAAGGCAGUGUUGCCCACCUGAGUGAAGCCAACCAGGAGAGCAUCACCAGCCGAGAUCAGAUAUUGCAUCACUCCUCUGCAGAAGUAUGGCCUCACACCUAUGUUUCCCAGGGCCUCUACUGCCUCUCCUCAUCAGAUGCCUGGGAACCAAUUAGCAAUGAGCAGUCGGGUGUGGCUUCGCCUGCCACCGGCUCCUAUGUCAUGGCAGGUGGGACUUCCUGCGAGGGUGCCUAUGAUGGAAAUGCUGCGGGUCACUACCUGUCGCAGCAGCAACAGCAGCAAUUCAACUUCCAGCAACACCAACUACAACAGAUACAGCAACUGCAGCAGAUACAGCAAUACCAACAACAACAAAUCCUGCAGUAUCAGCAACAGCAACAGAUAUUGGAACAGAGACUACACAGUGCCACUCAGUCUUUACAAGCCACACCCAAUAGCACCAUCCACAGUCUACCUCCACUCACUCACCCGCCAUUGGUGGACCUGUGGGGUGCUGGGCAUACAGAGACCUAUCAAGCCGAAGUGGGUGGUUAUAUAGGUGUGGCAGCAGCAAUGGAGGGAAGUCUGAUGGCCCCCUCAGACGAGGUGGGAACAGAACACUCACCUUUACUGGAGGCUCAGGAGGAGGAAGAGAUCAAGGAAGAGGAGAUCACGUUAUGCAUGGAACCAGAACCAGUGAUUUUAAUUCCUUCCCCAGCUGCACAGAGGGAGGAAGUGACCUCAGCAGGAGGAAGCAGUCCAGGACAGGUCCCUGGGGAACCAAUCACAGAGUGGAAAUCUUCUGAUGUCACACCACCUGUUAAUGAAAUGCUGGAGGAAAAAGAGGCGGAGUCAGAAUCCUCAUCGGUCAAUGCCACAGCAACCAAAUGAGUCUUAGGAGCAAGACAGAAACUGAUUUUAAUGGACGUUUAAAGCUACAUAAUCAGCUAUUUGAAUUAAUAUGUCACUUUUCAGGUAUCAAAACCUUUGUGAUGGAACUCCUCAAAUACAAAAAGGAAAAAAAGACUGAUAUUUUUUGAAGGAAGCCUUAUACUUCUGAAGAGGAGGACAAGAUAAGGGAGAUUAAGAGAGCAUAAAGAUACACACAAAGGAUUCAGAGAGAUGAGUACAGUACAGACAAAAAAGUGGUAAAAUACAUGCAUGCUACUUACAUGAAUGGUACAUAUCACUACAAAUCAUAAAUAACAAACCAUAAUAACAAAACAUCAAAACGUUUGAUACAUCUAGAACAUGAAAUUAUUUAAGAGGUUUUAAUAAACCACAAAAAACACAGAUAGUACAUGUAUAGUAUAACAGUUAAUCUCUGAGACAACACUGCACUUAUCCAACCAGGUGUCGUGUUUACGAUUAAAUCACGCCCCAGGAAACUAACACUAUUAAAUUCAUCAUCUCUUAAUAGAAUGGACUUGAACAGCAGUGAAACAAGAUUCUCUUUUCCCUAUUCCCAGUAUACACAGUAUACUGCCAGUAGGCAUAUUUGCUAAUUUCCUACAAAACCUACACUGCCUGUAUGAUUUCUAAAAUGUUUUAAACCCACUGGUGAACCAUGUCCACCACCAUUUGUUUGUCUCCACAAAAUUAUUUGAGGAUGUUAGCACAUUGUUUUGAGAUUAAUCUGUGCCAUCUCACAGACAAGUGAGUCAACUAGAUGGUUUUCAAAAACUUCUAUGACCAGGACAACAUGCUACAAAGGUCAUGUGAUCAAGAUCAAAAGUUAAUUUGAAUGUUUUUUUAUGGAUUUCAAAAUGAGGUGGUACACCCUUAGAUACUCAUCAAUCAUUGUGGUAAUACUUUUUAAAGCCUUGUGACAGGGACAUGAGGUACAAUUGCACUCAUUUCACAUACAGCUGUAGUUGGUUCUGUAUGGGAAAUGAUCACAGGGCCACUCAAAGUCAAGGCUUGGGUCACAUAUAUUACUAUGUUCAGAACAUUUCAGGGAAGACCAUUCACUUAAAGUGAGUUACAUCAGUUUAGGAAAUAUCGAUAAGAGUUAAAACAACACAAAAACACAUACAAACACACACAGGCAUACAAAGUUCUGUGCUGCAGUGGAUUGUAUCAUAGCGUGCUUCCUUCUCUGUGUGUCCCCUUUGGCAUGCAUGCUAUUUGUCAGUGUACUAUGGAGUCCUAUACAGCACUGUAUAGAUAAUUGCACUGAACUUUACUACUCUGAGCUGGGCACUGAUACAAGCUCUCUUGAAUUGUAAGAGUUUUAGGGCUUUGAUUGGCUGAUUGAUUAAGGGACGCGGAGUUGCACAGUCUUUGCAUACUCUUUGCACUCUCACUGGUAGUAAGAGUGAAAAACAGAUGCCUUCUGGACUCUCUUAUCACCCUGGAGGAGGGGGGACUACAUUUCCCAGAAUGCACAUUUACAGGACAACAAAUGCUGAUUUUUCCUGUGGAGUUUAAAUGAUGUUUGUUUGUUUGCACAUUGGUUCAGUAACUACAAAAAUGAAAGUUCAGCCAGUCAAGUCUGAAAGGAUCACAGUUCACAAUGUUACAGCAAGCAAGUGCCCAAGUGAAAAGGGUGGAAAAUGCUGCACAAAAAGGGGGAAAGAAAGAAAAACAGAAAACAAGUUUCAGAGUUCAGGCUAAAGCUGGAUUUCCAAGGCCUUGUCAGAUACAUGUAAAUACUGUUAACACUCUUCAGGAUCAUAACUGAGUUCAUUUAUUUUUAUACUAUGAUGUGUCUUGAUUUCUGCAACACGACUCUUUUAUUCUGUUCACUGGCAGAUGUUUAAAAUCAAAAUUUGCAUUGUACACAAUAGACAGAAGAAGACAGGACAGAGAUCAGCAUGUGUAAAUAUAACAGCAUUAACAGAAAUAUAAUGGAAAAUAUUCCAAAUGGAUGAGGCGUCGGGAUUUCUUAAGGAACGUGACCUCAGAACUCAGGUCAAUCAGAACCGAACUGGUGUCUUCCUGUUUGUCAUGGUUACAGGUUACCAUAGUUGCUGUGAUCGGACAAGCUCUGUGCUGAGUGACUUUGUGGCUGCUGAACUGGCUGAGCCGGAACAUGUAUUCCAAAGCCGAAGCAGUUGUCUAGUGUAGAGUCAGAGAGGUUUUCUCCACCACUCAUUGUUGUGAUGCUGUGCAUGUUUCACUAAGGAAAAAAAUGACAAUUAUGAUCAGGACAGCCGGUUAUCCUGGAUGUUUGUUUCUUCGGAGAACACCUCAAUUCACCCUUUGAUGAUUGUGUGCAAGCAGAAUACGAUAAGAUCAAAAUGAGGUUUCUUGACUUGAAUGACAUUUAUUGAUUGAUUAUUUAUGCAAUGUUGGGACAACGUUUAUUUUUCUACAAAAUUGUGAGCACUCCCCCCUAGUAUACAAUGAGUCACAUGCUGUUUUGCUGAGCUUCUGAAGAAGACAUGUAGACUGGAAACAGUGGAAGGUUUGAAUGUGUGUGCAUCCUUGUGGCAGUUCACUCAAGCUUCUGUUCACAAAGCCUUCACAAUAGUGUCUUUCUAAACAUCACCUAGAACUCUUUGUAAUCGACUGUCUUCUGCCAUUACAUAGACAUUCAAAUGUGCAAACAUUAAACUGAUCUGAUAUGUUACUCAGUGAAGGUGUUGUUACACAUUUAGCAGUUUUAAAGCUUUUAUCAUUGUCAUUGCUGGUUGUAAAGCUCUUAUGAAGAGCUCUGAGCUUCCACUGCUUUUUGCCCAGUCUUAGUGCCAGGCUGAAGGGAGUGCACAGUAAUGGAUAUGUGCUCAUUUAUUUAUUUAAGAAUUAUUUGGGGGGAGAGACUUAACUUUUGAGCCUGUAUAGUACUUAUGAUUUAGUCAUUUAGGCAUGUUUUCCUUGAAAUGACAUCACUCUGUCUGUGUGCAGUGACUUUGGUUUACUACUGGUUGAUUAGCUCUUGAUUCACUGAAAAUAUAUCCUUUGCUGCAUUGAGGUUUUCUCAGUUCAAAACAUAUAUGUGGUAUGUGUAUCACUAAGAAACAAAGAAAGAAAUCGCAGCUAUCAGACUUCUAGGCCUUCUCAAAAUUGGUAGAUUUCAUUGUCGACAUGUGGUAGAUAAUGUUUGGUGGGAAAUUUUUAUAUUAUAAACUCAAAGUUUAGUGAUGCUGGGGCUCUAGGUACAAGACAAGAAUGGGGCCCUUGGAUAUACGUUUUUAAAUUAGUUGAUGCUCUAGGCUUUUGAGUAGUGCAACCAUCUACAGUGUAAAAAAAAAAGUAAAAUCAUCUACAUUUAGUCAAUAUAUCUAAUAUUUCUUAUUUGUUUGUUGUUAGCAUAUUAAUGUAAGAUAUUUUAACUUAUUUCUUGAUAUUUGUGCUUAGAUAAGAUAUUAAGUGAAAUCUUCUCGCUAUAUUGCCAAUACUUUUGCUUGUUUUAAGAUGUAAAACUUUAAACAAGCAACGUUAUCUGCCAAUACAGUGAAAACACUUGGUUCAGAUUAGCACAGAUGUAAUGAGUAAAGAGUUUACUUUUUUCCAGGGAGUAAUAAGUAACAUAAUCCCAGUACAUUUUGAAAGAAGUAAUGAGCAGCUGGAGCAAUGCUGCUUUUGGGCAUUCCUGUUUGUCUGUCUACACACAGUUAUGUCAUGACAUAACACCCUAUAAUAGUACAUUACAGUGUGGAGUUACAUUCAAAUGACAAAAAAAAGAAAAACAAUUAACAGCCAUUUUUAAAAAUGUAUAUACAUUUCGGAAUAGGUAAUUUUACAUUAAUAAGUACAGAAUGUCAAAUUUGUAUUAAAGUACACGUGUUUUCAAAAAUAGAACAUGGGCCACAAUAUCACACCUGAGCUGAUGUGAUCUGGCUGCAUCCUGUAGACAUGGGGCUGAUUUUAUGCUUCCUCUGUACAAGGGGUCAUGGUCAAUUCCAUUACAAUUCACUCAUUUCAAUUACAUCUCAAUUACACUUCAGUCUCUAAAGCAUGGAAGUGAAAGGAACGAAAUGUUAUCAGUCAUCAUCUUAUCACGGAUCAAUGGCAUAUUAUUAAAUUUUUUUUUAUAUGCCAUCAAGAGCUAAUUAAGCCAAUUCACCAAAAUGAAAGGCCACGUCCUUAUAACCAGAGGAGUAAUGUCAUUUCUGGUUAGGUACCUUAUUGCUUUAUAUGUAAAAUGAGAAAUAUGAAUGAAUAAAUGAAUAAUGUGAAGCCAAAUGUAUUUCUUUGGAUAUUAUUAUUGUGUUUACAGAUUAUUUAAUUGAUUUCUAAUCGAUUUUAUCGAUUUUUUGUAUGAUUCAACUGCCAUCUUUCAAUACAAUACAAUGUUGGCAUGACUCUGUAAACUUCUCUGUUCUGCCUCUCUCUCUCUCUCUCUCUCAAUUUCCCAGCCUCUUUCUCUCUAACCCUGUGUUGUUUCCUUUUACUGGAAGAAUCAAAACAAAAAGUAUCAUAAAUUUUUCAAAAACUAUGUAAAGGUUCAGACAUUUGUAAUAGAUGUGAUCCGAAUGUGAGUUAUAUAGAAAGAAGUAAAUACAUUUGGAAAUGGACUGAAUACAAUAACUGUAAGUGGGACUUUGAUCUGUGAUGCCUAUAUCUAUGCAUGCUUGUCUGAAGGGUCUAAUGACAUGGUUCUUCCAAUGUACUUUCACCUUUCUCUCCCUCUCUUUGUCUGUCUGUCUGUCUGUCUGUCUGUCUCUCUCUCUCUCUCUUCUUUUUCCUUGCACGAAAAAAAAAAAAACUCCUCAACCACAGACAAAUACCCUCCCCUCCUGUCUUAUACCCCCUCCC